AUGGCAUCUGCCACGAGCUCGCAUGCCAGCUCGGAUCCCUUUGAUCUGGGUGCUCAUACCCCGCCUAACCUUGCUCGCUUAGCCCGUGCAUCUCAGCUGCGAAAUAGUUCUCCCAUUGUGACCCGUCCCAUUGGUCUCUCUUCAGCAUUCCGGCGGCCGGCAGCAACGCCGUCGUCGCCCCUCAUCCGCCUGUCCAAUGCCGCCGCUACGGAAGGAGCGCGGCGUGAACCGUCCCGAGCCUGCCCGGCACCACCGAGACCGACACGCCCUCCGAUCUCCGACUCGCAUCUGCGCCGACGUACAGCAGCGUGGCCGCCGGUCGCACCGCAAGCCAGCGGCCAUGUGGCCACUCUCCCACGGCCGCUGCAGCCCCGCAACAAGAGCCACAACAGCCAAUUUCCCGUCUCCAGGGACGACCAAUCCCCGCCCGCCGAAAGAAGACCUCCGGGUUUUGUGCGACUCCCGGCCGAAGCACCGGCGAGGGACCACAAUAGCUACGCAAUCCGGACCCACAUUGCCGCCAAAGUCGGCAUCGACCUUCACCAAGUCCCAGCCGCUUUCAAGGUGAACUCCGGAUGGGCCAUCAGAACAACAGAUGCGACCAUUCGGGAUCUUAUCGUCCAACGACAGUCAGAGUGGUCCCAAGACAUGGGCGCGACAGAUGUAGAAAUCAGCCAGAGAUGGGUGCGCCCCGCCAGGCGCAAGCCGAACGACCCCCUGACCUGUACCUUGAUUGUCUCAUUCCUCGAACCGACUGAUAAGCCCUGGAGGCUGUUUGGAUCCAGUCGGCUCGCCCAAUACAUUGAGAGAUCUAGCCUGCCCAGCCAGUGCGACAAGUGCUGGGACUUUCACGCCCGACACACCUGCGACCGACAAGCAUCCUGCAAGCGGUGCGGACGGCGCGGCCACGACGCGGAAGCUUGCGUGGCCCUCGAGCGGUGCGCGAACUGCCUUGGGCCCCACGCCGCAGACUUUGCGAAGUGCCCUGCGCGCCCGAAGCGAUCACACGGCGUCAUUCGCCGUCUGACGAGAGAAGAGAAAUCUCGCGUCCGAGAGCUGGGCGCUCAACUGUCCGCCCGGCGAAAGGAACAAUACGAAAGAGUAGAACGAUCCGAGCAGCCCGAACGGGAUGCCACCUGCUCGCCGGGUGGUGUCACCGAAAAGACACAAGCCCAACCUCAUGACGAAGCCCCACGGCGCGCGAACGUGGGCAAGAUCUCGCCGGCGCACGACUGCGCCCUUGCCCUCGCCGAUUCCGAACAUUACGAUGUGGUGCUCCUCCAGGAGCCAUGGACAGAAACAAAGGGCGGCCGAUGCCUUACCAAAACACAUCCCGCCUACGACACCUUCUCCCCGGUUGACAGCUGGGAAGACAAUAGCACCCGACCCAGAGUCAUGACCUAUGUCCGCCGCAGGCCUGGGCUGAUGGUAGAUCAGAGGAGGCCCGCGGCAACUCGUGACAUUCUUUGGCUCACGGUCAACGACAUCACUUUGGUCAACGUUUACCGCCAACCGUCAUACGACGAGGCCCUCGACAUACUACUCCAAUGGCCCGCGCCAAACAGAUGUCUGGUAGCAGGCGAUUUCAACGCCAAACACCACAGCUGGCAAGCCGGCCGCAUCGAGGGCCGCGGCGAGGCUGUAGCUGCAUGGGCGACAGCCAACGGUCUGAACCUGCUCAACCCGGCUGACGUCCCGACAAAUCCUCAUGGCAAUACGAUCGACCUUGCCUUCUCUAAUAUCGCCUUGGCCAAUGCCGUGGUGGAAGACCAUCUUGCCACCAGCUCCGACCACUUCACGCUCAGCACUACCCUGCCUGAGCUCGCUGUAGCGCCCCCACCCACUGGGAAGUUUGCCGCCAAAGCUGCAGGCCGGCCGGUCCGCAAGGGCGCACGCAGCGCGCCCUGGUGGACGGAGGAAUGCUCCUUGGCCGCGGUGGAGUAUCGCGCAGUGAGGAGAGUCUACGCUCUCGGUUUCGGCCGAGAGGUUCAGCUCGCGAAAAGGAAGUUCCAGAGAGUCGUGCGGCGAGUCAAGCGCCGUUACUGGCGCGAUCUGAUUGACAGCUUCACGGACAGUGCGUCCGUCUUCAAGGCGGUCCUGGAUGAUACCGUCUAUGAGACCCAACUAGACAAAGCCAACGCCCUGCGACGAGCAACGCUCGAACGUCGCACUUCGCAGGAUGACAUCACGGAUCCGUGGGUCCCAGUGGACACAGCGAGGACGAUUCCUUUCGCUCAGAACGUUUCCCUGGAGGAGGUCCGGGACGCGACCCUUCGCACGGGUAACACCUCUCCCGGCUCCGAUAACAUUACGGUCAAGAUGCUCCGUGCCGUCUGGCAUACCAUUGGAAGCCUCGUCCACAAGCUGUAUCAGGGCUGUCUCGACAUCGGUCACCAUCCUAAGCCUUUCAGGGAAGCGGAAGUGGUUAUGAUCACGAAGCCGGGGCGUCGGAACCUGUCAGAGGCCCGCGCCUGGCGUCCAAUCUCUCUCCUCUCCUGUCUGGGCAAAGGCCUCGAACGGCUUAUUGCGCGCCGUUUGGCGUGGGCAUCCGUCCACUAUGGUGUCUUGCACCCACAACAAGCUGGCGCAUUGCCGAAAAGGUCCGCUGUUGACCUUGUCGCCGCAUUGGUACACGACAUCGAGGAGGCUUUCUCGCGCAAGCAGGUCGCCACACUCGUGACAAUGGACGUCGAAGGCGCCUUCGACACUGUCCUUCGUAGCAGGCUCAUUCUUCGCCUUCGGCAGCAAGGAUGGCCUCGGAAUGUCGCUCGUUGGGCUGGCUCCUUUAUGCAUGACCGAGCAGCACGUGUCCGCUACCAGGAUGUCAUGACACCCUCGUCACCCUUGCAGUGCGGACUGCCGCAAGGAUCGCCAGCUUCUCCCAUACUUUUCCUACUAUACACAGAGCCAAUCUACCGCCUGAGCAACCCCAAGGGGCGCUUCGGCUAUGCAGACGACACUGCCGUCCUUUGCGUCGGAGACUCCCUGGAGGAGACUGCCCACAGAGCGUCGAAACAUGUUCACGAACUCAUGACAUGGGGCACCGCGAACGCGAUAACCUUCGACCCCAAGAAGACUGAAGUCAUGCACUUCUCCCGAACUACACCGAGGAAUGCACCUCCAGUCUUCCAUGGCGAGGUAGAAAAGCGGCCAGGCUCAGCCAUGCGGUGGCUCGGCAUCUGGCUUGACAGCACCCUGACGUUCAAGACGCACGUCGAGAAGUGGACUGCCAAAGCGCAAGCAGUGGCCUACCAUCUCAAGGAGGCGUGGUACCCGGGCAUGACCUGCCCGCGAUGGAAUAAGCCGGCAAAGGAAGGGCCAUCAAGAAUACGGCACCUCAUCCGGCGGAUGGACAAGUCGCUCAACACGGCCAUGCGAGCCAUCCUCCCGGUCUGGAAGACGACGCCGCUCAGCGCCAGGCACCGGGAGGCGGGCAUACCCCCGUCUCAAGUCCUCGACGAAGCGCACCCGCUUGCGGUGCGAACGAAGCCGAUCCGGGCCCCUGUCAUCAACAGGGCCAUUAAGUUAAAAUACCAGCGUCCACGACAACCUUUCCGGACCAGACUGCGUCGCACUGACGAGCUGCUCCCAAGGUGCGCCAGGCCAGACCUUCUCGCACAAUCGGCGGCAAACUUCGGCGAGUGGCUCCAAUCAGUUGCUCCACGGACAGCAAUCGUCUACUCGGACGGAUCCCUCUCCCCGGAGGGAGCCGCGGGGUACGGCUAUGCGGUACAUCAGGAUGGACUCACCGUCCUCAGCGGUAACGGCCGUCUUGGGCUUGCUGAGGUCUUUGAUGCCGAGGCGAGAGGCUCCCUAGAGGGUCUGCGUGCUGCGUUGAGCCUCCCGGCUGCAGACCAGAUUGUCGUAUGCCUCGAUAACCUCGCGGUCGCGACGUGUCUUCAAGGCAUGCCGUCAGAUUCCUCCCAGAAGGAGUUCCUGGAAUUCCAGGCCUUGGCCGCAGAACAUGGUGCCACUGAGAUCCGCUGGAUCCCCGGCCACACCAACAUCCCAGGCAGCGACCAAAAGACGCAUUCAAAGCCUGGUGGGAAGUUUCUGCACCCCAACAAACCCACCACGGGGACUUCGCUGAUUACCACGAAAGGUUGA